AUGUGGUGUUUUAAGUGAAGUGCAGCUACAUCACGUUUGCAGACUGGAGGAUAAGAGAGGAGAUGCACAAAAGCUGUAUGUGAGAUUGCUGAUUGAAAGCAGACUCCCGUAGAUCUGGGCCAUGGAUGAAGGGUUGACGCCUUUGGACUGCUUGCUCCCCUCAGGUAAACAGAAGAUUUGCCUGAUUAUUCUCAACCAGCCCAUUGAUGAAGACUACCUGCACGUUCUGUGGAAGAAAGCGCUGUUAAAGGCCUGUGCUGAUGGAGCUGCCAAUCACCUUUACAACGUCUCCGCUGGAUGCCGCGACAGCUUCCUGCCCGACUAUAUCAGUGGGGAUUUUGAUUCUAUUACGGCAGAAGUGAAAGCUUUCUAUGCAGACAAGGGAUGCAAACUCCUGGAAACCGCUGACCAGGAUUUCACCGAUUUCACCAAAUGUUUGUCCAUAAUGUUGGAGCAGAUCCGACAGCAGCAGUUGCAGGUCGAUGCCAUUGUGACCCUUGGAGGCCUCGGUGGAAGAUUCGACCAAACCAUGGCCUCUAUAGAGACUUUGCACCACAGCCUCAACAUGACGACUCUCCCAGUCUUCAUUAUCCAAGAAACAAGCCUGGCCCUGCUGCUCCGGCCCCAGGGCAGCCACAGACUGGAGGUGGACACGGGGCUGGAGGGAGACUGGUGCAGCCUGAUCCCUGUCGGCGGGCCCUGCCAAACGAGCACCACUGGACUCAAAUGGAACCUGGACAAUCAGGUCCUGCAAUUUGGGAAACUGGUGAGCACGUCCAACACCUACGAACCAAAGCCCCCAGGAGAGCCAAGAAACCCUGUGACGAUCUCCACGGACCAGCCUCUACUGUGGAGCAUGGCCAUCCGCAAACCAGGAGACUGAAGAUAAACCUUUGUAUUGAGGCCUGUUCGCGUGAAAAUGCCAAAGUGUGAACAGUUACUCCGCAUUCCUUAAAAGCCGAUCUCUGAAGCGGCCAAAGUGUGGGCAGUUUGAAUGCCUUAAAAGCCAAUCUCAUAGUUGCCAGACAAGAAAAAAAAAAGCAUUUUACCCAGUGGACCACCUUGAAUAACCUUAGCAUGUUUUUU